ACAAAUACACAUACAAAAAAAUCAGUACUAAUAUAUACAGUUUCUACCGAGAUAUGUCGAUCGCCUUCUCAAGUUUUCUUCUGUUCUUCACCAUCAUCACAAGUUCCCUCACAAAUAUAACAGUGGCCUCUUCGCAAGCUCUUCCUCCAGAUGAAUUGAAUGCUCUAAAGGAGAUAGCUAUUACACUUGGAAUCACGAGACGGUUGAACCUAAGCAAUGGAUACCCUUGUUCUAAAGGAAAACUGAUGACCAUACCAGAAUUUGAGUUUGUUCCGGAGAUGAAAAACACCAUUGUUUGUGAUUGUAACAACGCCACAUGUCAUAUUACAGAAAUGCGAACUGAUUAGGAAAGUCCUUCCUUUCUUGCUAGGUCAGCCGCAGGGCGAGUUGAAGUGCCGGUUUGUCACCUCGUCCAUGGGCUUCUCGGUGUUACUGGGCCUUCAGAGACAAAGUCCAAACCUAGGUCGAGCUCUCGGUUUAGAUAACCGGUUCCUUUAACGGGUUUAUAUCGGUAUGUUGGGGGUGCUAAUUCCCGCACCAACAAUUAGUCCCCCCUCAGUUCGGUACAUUCAGAAGUUAAUUCGAAUGACCGAACUUUAAGAGAGAAUAUUCGAUUUGAUCCGUAAAGAGAUCCGAAUCUAAACACUCCGGAAUCCUGCUGACCUGUUGGUGCGGGAAUUAGCACCCCCAACAUACCGAUCUAAACCCGUUAAAGGAACCAGUUCGCCUGUAAUUAGGAAAGUUAAUAUAUUCAGUAUAUCCUCGAAUAUAUUAAGUAGAUCUUUGAAUACCUAUAAAUAGAGGGCAAUCCUCUCAUUGUAAGAUCAUCGAAUCAUUAAUACAAAACCUUAAAUUCUUCUUUGUUCUUGAGCAAAACCUAACUUGUUUCUCAAGAGAUUUCAUUUCUUCUUUUCUUGCUUACUUUGAUCUAAAUCCUUCAAGAGAUUGUUAUUGAAUUUGUUUCCCUUCUAAACAAAUUCAUUGUGAGAAACCUCAGUUUCUACAAUUGGCGCUAGAAGGAGGGUACCUAAGUUCUACAAAACACUUCUCUUCUAGAUCUCAUCAAAAGCAAGAGCCAACACCAUGUCUUCAACCCUCAACAACGGUGCCAACGGAACUGCCCCACGACAAAACGACCCAACCAGCCGAGAGACCAACUCUCAGGACGUCGCCGCGGAUCCACCUGCCGCCGCACCCACCACGCGCGUCUACGUGCGGACGGGUAUUCGCCGAACUUCGGCCAACCCAGCAGAUGAGUCCGCGGCACUUGCCGACGGGGUGGAGGAAGUUGAGAUACCCCGCCAGGGGGAUCAGGAGGCCGACGAGGUGCCACCAGUCAAUGGAACCGUCGAUGGACUGAGGUCGCCUGCGCAAGUCGCCCAACCAUCCCAGUUCGUCACAAUGGACGACCUCCGUCACGUGUUCGGAACGGUAUCCAGGGACCUCUUCCAGGCUAUCUCCGCAACAAAUCAACGGCUGGAUGCGAUGGGUCACAGCGCACCCCCGCCACGUCAACAGAACGAGGCACCGUCACAGGAGGUUCGGAGGAACGAUCCUCUAAACUGCCGCCUGUUCAACGACCCGUCGUCUUCGACUUUCCGAUUCCCGAACCAGCCCGUACCAUCCGUACUAGCAUCAGGGACGCAGCCUCAGCUAGGCAGUCCUCCCAGAGAAAUCCGGCCACACCUUCCUGCCCCGAGCUGGAGGAAAUGGACCUCAGGAUCAAAGCUAUGGGGUCCCUCCUCCACCGAGCUGUAAGCUCGGCACCUGAGAUCGACAGAAUGUUCGAGGCCACGCAGCGAUCUCCAUUCACCCAGCGCAUCUUGAGAACAUAUGUCCCGAACGUAAAGAUAAGGGUUCCAACUUACGAUGGAACGAAGGAUCCAAUGCAGCACUUGACCUCGUUCAUGGCUACUAUCGCAAAAGCUAGGUUC